AUGUCAAUUGCAUUAUUUUUCUUGCUUGCUGUUGCUGCCACUGUGGCGCUAGGCCAGGGAACACGGGUUGGAUUCUAUUCAAGGUCGUGUCCUCGGGCUGAAUCCAUCGUGCAAUCUGCAGUGAAUACUCGGUUUAAUUCAAAUCCCACAGUUGCUGCCGGUUUGCUCAGAAUGCACUUUCAUGACUGUUUCGUACAAGGUUGUGAUGGCUCUAUACUUAUUAAUGGUGACGACGCUGAGAAAAUGGCCGGACCAAAUCGUUUGUUGAGAGGAUAUGAAGUUAUUGAUGAUGCUAAGACUCAACUUGAGGCUGCAUGCCCUGGUGUUGUCUCUUGUGCUGACAUUCUUGCUCUUGCGGCUCGCGAUGCAGUUGUACUGACUGGUGGACCAGGAUGGGCUGUGCCUACCGGACGGAGAGAUGGGCGGGUUUCUUUAGCAUCCGAUGCUUCGAAUCUUCCUGGCUUUAAUGAUUCCGUCAAGGUUCAAAAACAGAAGUUUGCAGCAAAAGGUCUCAAUACUCAAGAUCUUGUUACCCUCGUCGGGGGACACACCAUUGGCACCUCAGCUUGCCAGUUCUUCAGAUACAGAUUAUACAACUUCAAUUCAACUACUGGUGCUGACCCUUCCAUCGACUACACAUUUCUUCCUCAACUUCGGUCCCUUUGUCCUGAAAACGGCGACACUUCCACAAGGGUAGGGCUCGAUAACGGAAGUGAAAACCAGUUCGAUAACUGUUUUUUCGCCAACCUGAGGAAUGGCCGUGGAAUUCUUGAAUCAGAUCAGAAGUUAUGGACUGAUGGUUCAACAAAAACAUUUGUGCAACGUUUCUUGGGAAUUAGAGGUCUGCUUGGAUUGACAUUUAGUGCCGAAUUCGGAAAGUCCAUGGUUAAAAUGAGUAAUAUUGAGGUUAAGACGGGGACUAAUGGUGAAAUUCGAAAAGUUUGUUCUGCCAUUAAUUGA